UGAGCCUCGCCUUAUCCGGUUUGGUUCUGUUGUUGUUGUUGUUGUUUUCCCUUUUAGAGUUUCGCCGCAAAGUUGAAGUUGGUUAGAGGACUCAGGCGGGACCGCUCCUUGUGCUCCUACUUGUGACCUUGAGGCGCAGAACCAUUCCAGUCAGCCUGGCAUUCCUGGGGGAGAGCAUAGGAGGCCGAGGAGAACGAGAUGGACACCCCAGACUCAGCCUCAAGGGUCUUCUGUGGCCGCUUCCUCAGCAUGGUGAACACUGAUGACGUCAAUGCCAUAAUUCUGGCCCAGAAGAACAUGCUGGACCGCUUCGAGAAAACAAACGAGAUGCUUCUGAACUUCAACAAUCUGUCCAGUGUGCGGCUGCAGCAGAUGAGUGAGCGCUUCGUGCACCAUACCCGCACCUUGGUGGACAUGAAACGGGACCUGGACAGCAUUUUCCGAAGGAUCAGGUGGCCCCUCCCCCUAGAGCUCCUCUGGGGUCCCACAGCCAGAUGCUCCCUCAGCCUGUCUUACAAGACACUGAAGGGGAAGCUGGCCCGGCAGCACCCAGAGGCCUUCAGCCACAUCCCAGAGGGAUCAUUCCUAGAGGACGAAGAUGAAGACCCUAUCCCGCCCAGUAUCACCACAACCAUCGCCACCUCGGAGCAGAGCACGGGCUCCUGUGACACCAGCCCUGACACUGUCUCACCAUCCCUAAGUCCUGGCUUUGAGGACCUAUCACACAUUCGACCUGGCUCUCCUGCCAUCAAUGGCCACAGCCAGACAGAUGAUGAGGAAGAGACACAUGAAGAAUAGCCUCCUUCCCACAGCCGUGGUCCUCCUAGGUCACAGUCAGUCAGCUUUGCUGCUCCAUUCUUUCACAGGCAGGGUUCCUAAUUCCUGCCACUCCCCCAAGAGCAGGACUUCCCUAUGCCACCACGUGAGCCCCAGCUGGGGCGGUGGGGCUGGGUAAAGCUAACCUUGAGCUCAGCCUGGACCAGCUUUGAGCAGUGCUUCUAAGAUUCCAGAGACCAAAACCAGAUUGUCCCCCUCACCCUGAGUGGACACAGGGGGCUGAGCUUGUUCCUACCCACUGGCAGCUGCUGGCUCAACUCUGGUCUCCCUGCUCUCUGUGGAAUACAUCUCUCCUGUUGUGUUGAAAUCUGGAGGAAUAGAAGAUUAGAGAUGAGGCAGCCUUGACUGAGGAGCUGCUUCUCCAUCAGGCGUCUCCAGCUGGCCAGUCACCUUAGAAAACAGCUCCAUGGAAUAUUUUUGUACCCGAUGUUUACAGAUGGUGGGAAGUUAUCAAUAAAGACUCUGUUGUUAAAAGGGAACACUA